AUGGCCUAUGAGGACAUCUCUUUGCAGAAAAGAUCAACUGGACCAAGUCCUUGCAUGCAUGCAAUAGAACUUGAGGCUGAAAGUGUAGAUGGACAAUGUAAUGUUAAUGUUGAAGAUGGGGUGAAUGUUGAAGAUAACGUGAAUGUCCAAUAUUGUGUGAAUGUUGAAGAUGGUUUGAAUGUCGAAGAUAGGGUUAAUGUUGAAGAUAGAGUGAAUAUCGAAGAAGGAGUAAAUGUGGAAGAUUCGAGUAGUAGUCCUUUGGAGUCAUACAUUGGCAUGAUAUUUGAUGAUGUGGAAGAUGCCCAAGCAUUUUACAAGGCAUAUGCAAGACGGAAAGGUUUUGCAAUUCGGACCAAUCAUACUCGGUUGUCGAGAGAUGAUAAAAAACUUUGUGCAGUAGACUAUGUUUGCACAAGGGAAGGAUUUCGGCGGGUAAGUCGAAAAGAAAAAGAACGAACAGUUCCUGAACUUGCAGAGACAAAGAUUGGAUGUAAAGCAAUUAUGGGAAUAAAAAAAGAUGGUGAGAAGUGGAUAGUGAACAAGUUUGUGGUUGGACAUAACCAUGUUCUACUUACACUGAGGAGUACUAGUUUACUCCAAGGAAAUAGGAAAGUUACUAAAGUCUAA